CACUCUCCGAACUUCAUCAUGCCGCCCAAGGAUGACAAGAAGAAGAAAGAUGCCGGAAAGUCGGCCAAAAAAGACAAAGAUCUAGUAAAUAAGUCCGGUGGCAAGGCCAAAACGAAGAAGUGGUCCAAAGGCAAAGUUCGGGACAAGCUCAACAAUCUAGUCCUGUUUGACAAGGCUACAUACGACAAACUCUGUAAGGAAGUGCCCAACUAUAAACUUAUUACUCCAGCCGUGGUCUCUGAGAGACUGAAGAUUCACGGUUCCUUGGCCAGGGCAGCUCUUCAGGAGCUCCUUAGUAAAGGGCUUAUCAAGCUGCGAGCCCAAAUAAUUUACACCAGAAACACAAAGAGUGGAGAUGUCCCAGCUGCUGGUGAAGAUGCAUGA